GAUGCAGUAACGCUUUCACAGACGUAUUGACGUGCAAACGAGACGUGAUCAAGGCUUGCUGACGUUAAAAACUUGUGCAAAUUUGGGUGAGCUAGUGGUUUAUUCGUUUUUGUUUGUUGUAAAAUAUAUAUAGUAUUAACGUGUAACUCGGCGUAUAAAGCAUGUUUCAUCCAUUGAAAGUUUUUAAUUCACAAUACACACUAUAGACAGUAUAGGGAUUACAGAUUCAAACCACCUGAAAAGCAUCAUCGCAAGAAUUUCGUUCGCUUCGAGCGAAAGCCUUUCGCUUACUAUUGACCACUGCCUUUACUAUUGUCGCUGCCUACACAGGAACGAAUUAUGUCAUGGCAGAUAGUUCUGGCGACAACUCAUUGGACCGAUUUAUAGUUCUCUGUGUAUUCGCAUUAUGUGCAGUAUUACAGCUGCAGUAAGAUUUAAAAGAAUGAUUCUGCAACCGAUCCUAUACGGCCUUUACUGACAACUUUUCAAAUUUUGUUUUAGAUUUGUCUGAGCAGUAUCCUGUCAUUAUGAUUUCAUCAAGUUAUCAUUGCAACAAAAUUUUUCUCACAAUUGCCAUUGCGCUGACUUUCUCAGCUUUUGGUAAGCAAUUUUAAAUUUUGUAAUAUCCUGAAAUGUUUCUUCGGUAAGAGCCUCUCCUAUAAUUAUAUAUGGUUAGUCUGGUAUAUUAAGGAAAUCUAAACCAAACUAAAUUUAUUUAUAGACGUACUAUAUAGCUCUAUCGACACUGAACUGUUUUCUGUAUAAAGUCCACUAAACUAACUUUAUUUAUUAUACUCAAUAUACUGGAUAACGUUAUCAGUUCAACUGCUCUCCUUGGAGGUCCAGCAAGGACCAGAGUUAAAGGUUGAUUGAUCCAGAGUUUUAUUUAAACUAAACGAACUUUAUUUUUACUGGAUAACUUUAUCAGUGCUAAUGGCCUAUCCAGAGGCAGAGGUCCAGUUUAGCCCAUUUGAUCCUUAGCUCCUUCAGUGUUACUACAGGCGGGAAUAGGAGUAACCAGAAACCUGUGGUGUUUGAGUCAAACUGAAAGCUAGGCUUAGCUAGCUAGCUAGCACUCUUCUCACAUGUGACUGAGGUAAAAGUAUACUCAGACAACUGCAAAUUGCAGGGAUCGAACUUAGUCCAGCGGCAUCAAACUGUGGGCGCACAAAUACUAACCGCGUGCAAUCAUAAACGUACGAGUAAUUUUAUUUUUCAUUCUUUUAGGGAGCGCAUUAAUGUGCAACCAAUGUUAUUACAAAUCAACACACCCUAAGGCACAGCAAGUGUGCGGAAAUGAUACAGUCAACUGUACAACAGGCUACUGUUAUUCAGUGUCUUACACCAGAAGUCGUGACGGGACACUGAUAAUUGCUCGUAGUUGUGACAGCACUAAUGUUAACGACAAAUUCUGUCCAGAUCCUGAUGUCUUUUGCGAGAAAGAAAUUAGCAAGAAUAAUUCAAAAUCGUGUUUUGGAGUGUGCUGUAGUACCGAUAAUUGCAACAAUUAUACUCCCACUAGUGCCACUGGUAUCAUGGUCGCAAAAUUCAGUAUGUGUGUAAUGGUCAUUCUCGGUCUGUUUUUAGCCUAAGUUAAUUGGACAUUGUUUGUCGUUAUUCUUAUAACUUUAUGUAGUUUUAUUCAGACUGUAAGUGAAGUUCGAAUAAGUUUUGUAGUACACUUGAAAAGAACACUCUUGAACUAUGUUGUUUACCAUGACCAUCCCCUAAUAUGAUUAGGAACCAUAUUGAUCUUUAUGAUUUUCAUUGGAUCUUUUCUAAACUGUGUUGAAUACUUGGG